CUUUCUCCAAAAGAAGAAGAAAAAAAAGUUUAGAAUAGAAUGGCAUCAGAGCAAGAAGAAAGAUCUCAACUUGAUGCUAGGGCUAGACAGGGAGAGACAGUUGUACCUGGUGGCACUGGUGGAAAAAGCCUUGAAGCUCAAGAACAUCUAGCUCAAGGUAGAAGUAGAGGAGGUCAAACAAGAAGGGAACAGCUAGGAACAGAAGGAUACCAAGAGCUAGGACAAAAAGGAGGACAAACUAGAAAAGAGCAAAUAGGUAAAGAAGGAUACAAAGAAAUGGGUAGAAAAGGCGGACUCAGUAAUGCUAAUACUGAUAAAUCUCAAAAAGGCGUUAACGACGUUUGAUUUAUCAUCUUCUAUUAUGGAGUAUUUAUAAUUUUCAUGUUAUCUGGUUUGCUUCUUGUACGUUUAGCUACUUUAGUUAUGAAUAAGGUAGUUGCUUGCCAAUAAAUACUUGGUUUGUAUCCAGUCUCUUUACCUAUCAAAUAAUAUAAACUUAUAUUGUAUCACCAAGA